AGGCGUGGCCAGGCAGGGGGACCAGGGGAGAUGGCCUGGGCUGGUCGAUACUUGGGGCGGGGCAUGGCUCCAGGUACCUUGUGAGCCCUGCGGCCACAGGGAACCUGGCGGUGGUAGACUGGGGGCGGAGCCUAGAUGGAGACCCGGUAUGCAUGCCCAGCUCAGUGUUUUCAGUGGCAUAAAGGGAAGGGGGGUCGGGGUCGUUGCCCUAGGUGGGUUCAGGGCGGAGUAGAUUUUAGAAGGAAGAAGUUUCAGAGAGCAUGGCCUGAGCCAGGGAUGUCAUGGGUCGCGGGUGUGAACGUGGACUGCGGCCUGGCCGAGGGGCAUUGGAAGGAUCUGCACUUGCGUGGGAGUAGGCGGAGGAUUCGGCCCUUUUGGGGAGCAUACUGUGAAUGCCAGCUGGAUCGCUGUCCAGGAGCUGGAGAAGCUGGGCCUCGGGGACAGCGUGGACCUGCAUGUGUACGAGAUCCCCGUGGAAUACCAGACGGUGCAGAGGCUCAUCCCAGCACUGUGGGAGAAGCACAGCCCCCAGCUCGUAGUGCAUGUUGGGGUGUCGGGCAUGGCCACCACAGUGACGCUGGAAAAAUGUGGGCACAACAAGGGUUACAAAGGACUGGAUAAUUGCCGGUUCUGCCCCGGCUCUCAGUGCUGCGUGGAGGAUGGUCCCGAGAGCAUCGACUCCAUCAUCGACAUGGACGCCGUGUGCAAAAGGGUGACCACACUGGGACUGGACGUGUCUGUUACCAUCUCCCAGGAUGCUGGCAGGUAUCUGUGUGACUUCACGUAUUAUACAUCGCUCUACCAGGGCCGCGGCCGCUCCGCUUUUGUCCACGUGCCCCCACUGGGUAAGCCCUACAACGCCGACCAGCUAGGCCGGGCGCUACGAGCUAUCAUCGAGGAGAUGCUGGGUGUCCUGGAGCAAGCCGAGGGAGACAUCAGCUGUUGCCGCCAGCUCUGACAGCCAUGUACACCUGGGUGCGGUGCCGAGAGAGGGGCCAUCCUGACUCAUCUGCCCCUCCUAAUGGACCACAAGGGGGCAAUUGAGAGAGCUCCCAUCUGAAUAUCAUCUGGGGACACUUCUGCGCCCAGAGGCCAGGGCUAGUGGUCUGCACACAUGCCAUGGGGCCACCUUGACCCUGACGCAGUCUGCAUUUUCAGGUGUAUGGACAAGGAGUUGAAGCUUGCCCUGUGGCUGGGGCCUCACAAAGUAUCAUAAAGUAGAUUAGCUCUAAUCCAUGUCUUAAACCCUAGAUGGUCCCCGCCAAAGCCACUUGGGACCUGGUUGCCUUUUCUAUCUUCUGUCUGUUUCUGUCUGUGUCUGUCUCUCUCUGCCUCUGUCUGUCCCCAUCCUUCUUUGUUGUACCCACCUUCCUUCAGUGCUAGAACAGAACAGCGUAACUUAUGUUCCCAUUGUUAAGACUUCAGGCCUAACCAACAAGUGUCUUUCCUUUCUCCUGGGGAGGGCGGCCUCUUUUGCCUCCUGCCCUGAAAAUGCCAUCAUACUUUGGGUCUCCAUAGUGGGUUCCCUUUGCUCAGAAGAGCAGGCUGCUAUGGCCACCAAGGGCCUGGCCGCAGUAGCCUCUGGUGCCUGUGGGGAGCCGACCCUGCCAUGAUCUUUCUUGUUCUCUUUUUGAUAUUUUAAGACUCUUAAAAUUUUAGAUACUCUAAACUUUAGAGGGUAUUUGUUGUUUGUUUGUUUUUUCUUUGGAGACAGGGUCUCAGGUAGCCUAGGCUGGCCUCGUGUGAACUCCUGAUCCUCUGGCCUCAGUUUCCUAAGCACUAAGGGGACAGGUGUUUGCCACCACACAUGGCCCACCUGGGACCCAGAACCUACCGUGUGAACCAUCACCUGGAGCUGUGGAUUUUCUCCAUCUUGAGAUAGCCAGCCUCUAAUAUCCUGUGAGGGACCUGGGGUGAGAGGCUGCGGUGCCCAGGCAUGUCCCUGCAUGUCCUAUCAGCCACAGGGAUAUCUGCUGAACUGCAUUUGGAAGUGUGCCAGGGACUCCAGCCAGCCUUUGUCUCUGGCUGACUUUGAACUGCCAAGCCAGGAGGAGGGGCUCUCAGGAAGGGUGGGAUGUAGCAUGUGACCUGGACUCCUUCCAAGACCAAGUACAGUUCCUGCCAGUGAAGCCAAGUACAUUGUGGAUGCCACCUUCUCUUUUGUGGAUGGAUAGAGACCUCGGUGUCCCCACGGGAUUGAUGGAUCUGAAUUCUGAAGUGACUUCUCAUCCCUGGAUCUUCUUGUUGUUUGUGAGACUGGGUCUCCUAUAGCCCAGGCUAGCCUCCAAUUCACUGUAGCUGAAGCUGACCUUAAAUCCUGACCCUCCUACCUCGGCCUACUCAGUGCAGGGCUUGUGAAAGCCUGUGUGCUGGGCCUGGCUACUUUUAAGCUCUAGUGUUCCUUGUUCUGAUGUGGUUUCUUCAUGUCAUCAUCUUGUUGAUCCUGGGUCUGAAGCUUAUUUGUCGCCACAUGGAGAUCUGAGUGGUUGGCUCUCUUUCUGAAUCUCAGGGUUGAGGGCACCCUGGAGUGCCCCAGGGUGAUUUGCUGUCCCUACAAAGGCAUCUAUGGGUGUGGGCCUGCAGUUUGAAUAACGAGGGCUCCCCCUCUUACCCUCCCCCCAGUCCUGUGCUAACACCUUCUCCAGAGAGAGAGGCCCUGCAGUUUCCCAGAUAGCCAUGGGCAGGAAGAUGGGGGCUCAGGAGUAAGGGAUUCCCCAGGGCUCUGGGCUUUUGAGACAUCAUGUAGACAAGGCAGGCCUUGAACUCCUGGUCCUGUGGCCUCAGCCUCCCCCUGAGAUGACCAAGGUGGAUCUGACUUUGGUUCCCGUAUGUCUUUGUUUUUGUGUUCUGAGGCAGAGUUCUACCUGACCUCUGUAGCUCAGGCUGGCCCUCCAACGUGUGGCAGUCCUGCUUCAGAUGUAUCAGUGCCUGGCAAGUCUUCCUUAGGAAGACCAUGGGCUGUGCUCCACUCUCAAUUUUCCCAAAGUCCCUGGCAUGGGAACACCAUGCUCAGGGACCCCAGGAGGGUGCACAUGUCAUGUUCUAGUCCCCACUGUUGAGCUGAGGGGGAUUCCAGGACAUGGGGCUGGUAGUUAUUUAUUUAGGUAUCUCUUAAACACACACCCCUUGCCCUGAUCCAAAACUACUUGUUUUUUUUUUUUUUUUUUUUUUUUUGUCGUUUUUUGGCAGGUAGGGCUCAGGGUCUGUAGUUGCCAGGUGUCACCUAGACUGGUCACAUUGACCCUUGAGGUCCAGGUCACCCCAGCACUGACCUUCAUUUCCCAUGCUUACCCUGGGGAGUGUGGGUGGGGCUUCAAGAGGUAGGCAGAUGUGUGGGCAGAGCCUGACCUGGGCCUGGCUGGCCCUUACCAUUAAUGGCAAAGUAGAAAGCUAGCCCAGCGGAGCAAGAGAAGUAACAUGGCAUAAACCUGAAGCCAGGGACUUGUGCAGGGACAGCAGUGGUAGAAUCUGAGGUCUCAGCCAGUCUGAGAAAGUGUCUGAUUUAUGAUAUCAACUUAGGUGUGGAGAUGUAGCUUUCAGACCAACACCAGCAUGCUGUGCCCUGGGCCACUCCAGUGUUUCCUGAGGCCACGUGGAGGGCCAAACUGCAAGAAUUGGAGGCAGGAUCACCAUAGUGGGCACCAAUCUUCUGAAUUCAUUUUUUUGGGAGAUGGUGGGGGGUGGUACAGGAUCUUGUGUAGCCUGGGCUGGCUUCACACUAUGUGGCUGAGGGUGACCUUGAAUUCCUUGCCUCCAGGUCCCAGGGAUGGCAGGGUUAAGCCUCCGCCUGAGCCUGCUUUGGGGGCAGAUCUUUGAAGUUAAAUUGAUGGCUUCAGCUAAAAUGGGAACUCUCUCCUGUACUUCUCAAGCUGGCGUGUAAACCUUCAGGAAAGCGGGGACCCCGAGGCUGGGGGAAGUUGGAAAAGCAGACUCUAGGUGCUUUUGAGUGAGGACUUUGGCUGGAAGUCAGACCAGCUGCUGUGUGCACAGGAUGCUUGUGCCUGCGCCCCCAAGGUGACCUUGCUGUAUGCUAGGAGAGCGCCUCCAGCCUGCCCUUCUCCCUCCCACUGUCUAGACAGCUCACCCUUGACCUCUCUACCCCUUGGAGUGUCUGAGCCCAGAGUCCCCUCUGGGAACAUAGAGACAAAGCCUUACUCUCAGAGCCUGGACUCUGAGAGUUGGGGCUGUGGGGGUCCCUGUGGGGUCCCUAUGCAUGCCGAUGGCUUCUCAAAUGUGUACCCAGGCAGGUGGCCUCCCUCCCCAGCCCACCAUUUCUCUACAUCCACAGGCUGGAGAGAGCAAACAGAUAGAGGGGCUUUGGUGUUCUGUGUCUGGUGAAAUGCCUCCCGCCCCCCCCCCCCAAAGUACAGUGUCUGGACUAGAAAACAGGGCACAUAGCUCUUUUUUUUUUUUUUUUCUUUAUAUGCAGCAGUAGGGGAAUGAACCCAAGUCAAUGUUUGGGUUUGAAAAGCUAUAUCCUGAGUUGCCACAGCCACUAAACAUGCCUGUCAGUAAGGCCUGUCACUGGUGUCAGGGACACUGGUCACAAGCUGUAAGGAUUGCAUCAUCCAGGCAAUGGUCCUGGAGGCAGAACAAGAGUUCAAGGCCAGCCUCCCCCUACACUCCAAGUUAGAGGCCAGGCUGGGAUUUGAGAGACAAAAAACCAAAUUAUCAGGAAGAGAGGGAGAGAGGUGGGCAAGGUGACUCAGGGGGGAGUCAGUUACCACCAAACUUUUAUUCCCCAAGAGCCACAGGGUUUUCUUUUAUAAAAAGAGGUUUCACUAAUGCUGGUUGGCACCAGGCUCUUUUCCCUCAAAGCCUGGGUUGGCUCCGCCCAGGGCAGCUGAAGCCACACCUUAGGGAGCGCUUCCUGGGUGCCCCCACAGGGGGCCUGGCUGGUGUAUGGGACCCCCCAGUACCUCAGAUGUUUUAUCCUCUCAACAGGGCACUUCUGCCCUCUGAGACCCUUCAGGCCCAGUAUGUCUUCUCUUUGAGGCCAGAGCUCCCACCAAGCAUCCUGACCCCGGGGGAUAGAAGGGAGAAGGGCCUGCCAGGCUGCACUCGGGGAAACUCCACGCUCUUUACUCAGAACCAAUAAAGUCAUUGAAACCUGU